AUGUCGGAAGUGCAGUCCCUGGCCAUCCACGAGCUCACCAAGCGCAUCCGCGAGGAGGCCAAGAUCCUGCCCAACGGGAUCCUUAGAGUGGCCGACUUUCUGAACUCCCGGGCGGACCCAGUGCUGCUGGACGGCUGCGGCGCGCUGCUGGCGAAUAAACUGGGGACCCAGAAGCCCACCAAGGUGCUCGCUGGCUGCAGCUGCCAGGGCCUGCUUCCGGCACUGGCGGCGGCGCGGCACCUCCAGCUGCCGCUGGUCUUCGCGUACGCCGCGGUGCCGAAAGCCUGGGGCAGUCGGCCCACCUACUCCGCCAGCAUCCAGGGCAGGGAGCACUGGGUCCUGAGGGAGGCCAUCACCGCAGAAGACCGGGUCAUCGUCAUCGAUGACAUCGUGAGGACCGGGUCCACGGUGGAAGCCUUGAAGUCCAUUUGCAAGCAAGCCGGUGCCACUUUCCUGGGGGCCGGUGCCAUCAUCCACAACCAGCUCGGCGAGUCUCGCGCAGAGAACUGCACGAGCCUCGUGCAGGUCACCAGCGCGGAUCAGAAGCUGAGCAUCUGCCCCGCCCCGAAGGAGCUGCAGCUGCCGGAGGUGGUGGCGGCAGAUGUGCUCACGCAGCGCGUGCAGAAGGACGGCCAAGUGCUGCCGGGGAACCUGCUGAAGGUCUACUCCUUCAUCAACCACCAGGUGGACACUGGGCUGAUGGACAUGUGCGGCCAGCUGCUGGGCCGAGUCUUCACCGGGUUCGGCAUCCAGAAAGUGCUCACCGCGCAGACCGGGGGUUUGCCCCCGGCCCACGCGGUGGCCAGCGCCUUGCGUGUGCCGCUCAUCUGCGCGCGGGAGACCCACGAGAACGACGAGGCGGUGGUGGCGUCGAUGUACAGCGCGCCCUCCGAGAGCUUCACCAAGAAGAAGAAGCUGGUGCUCUAUGUGACCAAGGAGUCCCUGUCGCCGGGGGAGACGGUGCUCAUCGUAGACGACUUCCUCGCCACGGGGACCACCGGCGUGGCGCUGCAUCGGCUGGUGGAGCAGGCACAGGGGCAAGUCUGCGGCAUGGCCUUCCUGGUGGAGAAGCGCUUUCAGGAUGGUCGAGGCAAAAUCCUCCGGGAGUUGCCGCAUAUGGCGGGGCGCAUCGUGUCGCUGGCGUGCAUCGAGUCCAUGUCAGAGCAGGGCAUCAACUUGGAUUGCAAGGUGGUGGGGGACUGCCAGCCGCUCUACUCACCAGACGAGAAGGUGAUGAUCGACCGGGUGGUGCAAUGUGCCCAGCCGGGCACCGGCGGCCUCAUCAAUGCCGCGACCUUUCUCAACCAUGUGGUGGACCCGAAGCUCAUGGACGAGGCAGCGGUACUGCUGGCGCGUCGCUUCGCGGACUGCGAGGUGGGUUUGGUGCUGAGCGCGGAGAUGUCGGGCCUGGCGGUGGCCCAGGCCCUGGCGCGGCUGCUGCGGGUGCCGCUGCUGUGCGCGCGGCGGGCCCGGAGCCCCGUGAUGCUCGCGGCGGGCGACUCCGCGGUGCUGGCGGCCAAGGUGGAGGGCAGCACCGACGAGAGCCGCGGGGAGCUGGUGAUCUUCAAGGAGCAUCUCCGGAAAGACGACAGCGUGCUGGUGGUGGAUGACAUCUUGGGCAACGGCGCCACUGCCUUGGCCCUGCAGGAGCUCUGCGAUGCGGCCGGCGCCAGAGUGGUUGGCAUGGGCUUCCUCUUGGAAAAGGUCUUCCAGCACGGCCGGGGCAAGAUCCUGGCGAAGCGGCCCCAUCUGUCGGAUGGCAUCGUGGCCCUGACGAAAAUCCUUUCCAUGGAUGACACAGGGCUGAAGGUGUUCCGCUGCCCGGAGCCGGCGCGGGAGACCUGGCUGCGGGUGGCCCGGGAGCUGUCGCGGCGCAUGGCCGCGGAGGUGGAGGUGGAUGCCCCGAGGAACGCGAUGAAGUUCCGCUCGGUGCUGGGCUUCCACAUGAGCAUGGACCCCGUGAUGCUGGAUGCCUGCGGCCACGUGCUGGCGGCGCAGUUCGCAGGGGUUACCAAGGUUCUCACAGGCGCUCCUGUGCAGGGCCUGGCGGUCGCUUACGUGGUGGCAAGACACUGUGAAGUGCCCAUGAUCUUUGCGCGCCAUGGGGUGCCGCUUACCAUGAAGGGCCAGCGGAUCCUCAGCGCGCAGUCGGCGCCCUCGGGCACCUUCAACGUGUCGGCGGAGUUCUUCGGGCCCUCGGACCGGGUGCUCAUCGUGGACGACUUCGUGGCCUCCGGGCGGACGGCGCUGGCGCUGAAGCAGAUCUGUGACAGCGCCAACGUGCCAGUGGCCGGCUUCGCUUUUGUGGCGUUAAACCAGACGCGGCUGGUGGGCCCAAGGGACGCAGCCAGCCACCCAGCCGAAGGAGGCAAAGAGGCACUCGCCGGAAGCAAGGUCGUGACGCUGGUGGAGUGCACGAGGAAAGGCAACCAGGUGGACGUGCAGCCGGCGGAAUGGCUGCGGCGCCUCGCGUGA